UCUUAUGGGAAGACAACCCAAAAAGAUUGUUAUAGUUGGUGGUGGCAUUGCAGCUACUUCUUGUGUAGAUGAAGUAUAUAAGCUCCAGCCUAGUGCAAAUAUAGUGCUUAUUUCUUCUUCUCCUGUUGUGAAAAAAGCCUUUCAGAAAGUUCAAGUAACUAACAGAACUUUCCAUUUCGGAGUGGAGGAAGCACAACAACAGGACAUACCACUCCAAGUCCAACUUAUUAUAGGAACUGUAAAAUACGUUGACUUUCUGGCACAGAGAGUAACUUUGGAAAGUGGAACGUGUUAUUUGUACGACAAGCUAUGUCUAUGUACUGGAGCUAUUCCAAAGUCAAUAGCACCAAAUAAUCCUAGAGUCCUCACUUUGCGAGAUACAACUAGUUUGGAGAGACUUUGCAAUGCUCUUCGUUCUUGUAAUAGAAUAGCAAUCGUAGGGAACGGAGGAAUCGCACUUGAACUGGUAUAUGCUUUACAAGGCUGUGAAAUAUAUUGGAUAAUUCGAGAUACUACCAUAGGAACUGCUUUCUUUGAUGAAGAGACCUCAGAAUUUUUAUGGGAAGUAUUUGAGGAUUCUACACGAAAAGAUAGUUACACUGGAGCAACAAUAGAUACUGUGGAACCCAUUGAAAGUUUUCAAGAAGAUGAUUUUAUAAAAGAGCCGUUAGGCUUCUCACCAGGACCCAACUGGUUAUAUUAUGAACAGAACAGUGAUGAUAAAGGAAAACCUCUUUCUAGGCUUAGAGGCCUUCUAUCAGCAAAGAAAGUGAAUGUCUUAAAUAACUGUCAUGUUUUAUCAGUUCAUUGUAACCAUGUUGACAGUAAGGAUAUCUUCGAUUCCAAUAUCCAACCCAAUAGUUGGCCAAUUUCGGUACAACUCUCCAAAUAUCCUCACUCUCUUGGUUGUGACUGGCUCAUAUCUGCAGUCGGAGUGAAACCCAAUACGAAAUUUUUGCAAUCAACUCCUUUAUUAUUGUAUCCUGAAGAGGAGAACGAAGGUAUUGUUGUCAAUUGUAGAAUGGAAACGAAUCUAGAGAAUGUCUAUGCUGCUGGUGAUUGUUGUAAAGUGGUUGAUAAUGAAUGUUCAAAAUGGUGGUUUCAAAUGAGACUUUGGAGUCAAGCUUUCUUUAUGGGUAAAGUUGCUGCUCAUUCUUUAUUGGAGACUGGAGAAGAUUAUUCGAUGUAUUUUGAGUUAUUUACUCAUGUGACUGAAUUUUUUGGUACCAAAAUAGUUUUACUGGGUCGUUAUAAUGCAGAAGCAUUGGGUCCGGAUUUCGAGAUCAUUACUUAUCAAACUCCUCGAGAUAUCGACUUAUCAGAAAGGAAACUAAUUCGUAUAGUUCUUUACAAAGGAAGAAUGUAUGGAGCUGUACUUGUUUGAAUGUGGAAGAAAUGAAAGAAGCUCUCGUUUCUCCUGAAAUAGGUAUGGAGGACUAUUUCGAC